UACAGGCUCUGGCGUAUCUGUAAGUUUCGAAUAGCGACUCGACCAAAAACCUCAUACGAAAAACAAAACAACAAACAAACGAGGUCUCUGCAUUCUAUCCCGAGUCCACAACUGUCAGUUAUAGCUUGGACCCCGGUUUGGUUUGACGGGAUUACAAAAUCUUCGAACAACUUGUGUUUAAAGCGAGAACAAGUAUCUCGAAGGCGGACGACAGCAAAACUAAAAAGUGUAUCUUCGACUCGUAUCCCAGUAUAGCAGCAGGAAUAACAAAGAUACUUCUUGUUGGACCAAAACACAGAAACACCUUCGGAUCGGGACGCGAACAAAAGACUACACAUUCGAUACGCGAUCUCAUCUAAGGCAAUCGUAGCGUUGAUUGUCGUUAGUUGUUUAUGGUUUAAACGGACAAACGUCGACUGCCGCGAAAUUCGAACGAACAAAGAGUCUUGAUCUUGAAAGACUGUUGGACUGUUGUUGGUUCCCCCUUUGUGGUGACCAUGUAAUAAUCAUCGUGCUAACUCUGUUUACAUUUCUUUUCGUUUUGAUAAAACCUGAAUUUUUGUUUUAUACGAGUGCUAAAUUAAGAGUAUGAAAGUGUAUCUUGUAUCUGAAAGAUUAUAUCUCGAAUUUUGUGGUGGUUUGAAUCUCAAGUAAAUAAGAAAAAAAAACAAAAUUUCUUUGUUUUGAAAUUGUUACUUUUUGAGAACAGGAAACUCAAAACUAAGUCAAGGUGGGCUCUGGUUUAAGUUUAUGCCUCAGUAAACAAGUGCGAACCUAGGGCGGUUGAGAGCUAAAGUUGUAAAAAAAGUAAGUAAUUUGAAGAAAAUAAAAAUGUCCAUAAAAGAGGAAUUUCCUCCAACCUAUGAAUGUGCUACGGCAUCAUUGAAAACUAGAGAACCAGAAUCUGAAUCUGCAACAACAAUCGAAUGCGGAGCUAUGCCCAGUAUGGCAAGUGCAGAGAAGGAACCUCAGAAGUUCAUGGAACCUGUUUACAAAUUUGUCGGAAUAAAGAAACAACCAUCAACCAAAGAACUAGGAACUUUAAUAUUAUUGGGCACUAUGCUGCUUCUAUUCAUGAUAAGUGUGACAGGAUUCUUUGUCAUGUGGUUUACUCAGUACUAUGAUAAUUCAUACACAUCUAAAUUAAUAUUAGCCAAUAACUCAGCUGCUGCCAAAUACUGGGUCAAUCCCCCGGUUGAUACGUAUCUCAAAGUUCAUGUCUUCAACUACACCAAUAUCGAUCGUUAUUUAUCUGGAGAAGAUUCAAAAAUUAAAGUUCAAGAUGUAGGACCGUUUACUUACCAAGAACAUUCGACCAAAACGAAUGUUAAAUUUAACUUAAACAACACUGUUACUUAUAAUGAUCACCAUUCAUACACAUUCCUUCCGGAUAAAUCGUCCGAUGAUCGGUUCAAAACCGUCACCGUUCCAAAUAUCCCACUUAUGUCGGCUUCUGUUUCGGUGGAUUCACUGCCAUUCUUUGCGAAACUAGCUGCGACCACAACUAUAAAUGCUCUGGAUUUGGAUGCCUUUCUUGAACUACCAGUGGAUGACUUCGUUUGGGGUUAUUCGGACAAAUUGUUGAAUGUGCUCAGAAAUAUCAUGCCCGAGCUGAAGCCAAAGUUUGGAAUGCUCAUGAAUCGUAAUGGCACAAGCCCUGACACUCUUCAAAUCCAUACUGGAGUUGAUGAUGUCCGCAAGCUCGGAGUUAUAAGCCAAUUCAAUGGAAUGGAUCAACUUAACUUUUGGCGAGAUGAUGAAUGCAACCGAAUUGAUGGUUCCGAUGGAUCUCAAUUUCCACCUUUCCUCAUGGAAGACAGACAGCCAUUGCAUGUGUUCACUCAAGCCCUGUGUCGAAAACUUCCUCUCCAAUUCGAGGAAGAAGUUACUAUAUUACAGGAUAUCGACGUCUGGAGAUAUCGUACUCCGAUGAAUGUCUUCGCCAAUCCAGAUGAUAAUCCAGAAAAUGCCUGCUACUGCGACCCGAGUGCGGUCAAGUGCCUUCCAAGUGGAAUCUUCAAUGGAACCAGGUGCUAUGGAGCACCAAUAUAUCCAUCAUUUCCUCACUUCUUCUCAGGUGAUCCAGUGCUGUUCGAAGAAUUCGAAGGUAUCGAACCGAACUCGGAGAAGCAUCGAACAUUUGCUGACAUUCAUCCGAGGUUAGCAUUCCCUGUCGAUGGAGCCUCUCGAAUUCAAAUAAACAUCGCUCUCCAUAAGGGAAAACUUCUUGAAAACAAACUUAAAAAGAUGCCCGAUGGCCUGAUGCUUCCAGUUCUAUGGAUCGAAAUUACUUCUGGGGAACUGAGUGAGGAACUCAGGACGUUGCUCUAUCACAGUACUUUCAGCGCAAAUGUCAUUCAGAUUAUCCUGAAAUAUGGAACCCUACUUACUUGUGUGACAUCGUUUGCACUUAUUGUCCUUGCAUUCUAUUACCUCGGACAGAUGCGAGAGGAAAAGAAGAAAGCUGACUCCAAAGACAAAUCGGAGCUAGAAGAAUUGAAUAAAGACUAAGAGAUGAGUCUAAAAAUGUGCCUGAAUAAUCACAAACACUUGAAAACUCAGAUAGUUUUGGAUUUUCUUAACGAUUUUUAAUUUUGUUAUUUUAAACUAAGGGAACACAUGCAAUAUCAUUUUUCAAGAGCAAAAAUCAAUUGCUCUCUUUUAUUUGGAAACUUGUUUUAAAAAUAUACCAAAAUCAAAAAUGUUUAACUGAAACGGAUGUUAAAUAAAUUAAGUGCUUUUUUUUAAGUCUGAUUACAAGAACAAAAAAGACAUCUUAUCGCAUUUAGUGAAGUGCCCCUUUCUAUAGAUUUUAAGCCUCCCUGAAUCUUCUUCUUGACUUAACAAUUUGCAGUUAGUUAAAAUAAAUAAAUAUAUUUUUUUUAUACUUUUCUUAGAUAAAAUAUACACAUUCAUUUUUUAUACAUUAUAAAAUUUUGUAAUAUUAUUUUUAGAAUCAAGAAAUGUUUAGUGUUAAUUAUUUAGAUGUAAAUAUAAAAAAAUUAAAAUUGUUAUUGUAAAAUAUAAA